GGAGGUGUUUUUAAGUUGAACGGUAACUUCCGGCAAGUGAGUAGUUAGUGUGAAAGGUGAAAGUGUUUGUGUUUAUUCUUGAAAUCUUUUGUCGCUUUUUUGAGUUUUACACAGAGCCCCCACUAGAUGAUGUAUUUUUUUUAAAGGCGAGUAACACGACACGGGCUCUGUCUAAUCAAACCCGGAAGCUGAAGACGGUGUUGACCAGUUAGCUAACGUUAGCACAGUAGCUAACCGGCUAGCUGCCCCAGCUGACUCCAGAGGCUCCGGAGACCCAGAAGCUGGACGCUCGGCAUCGGACAGUUAAGCUUAAAGCUUCACCAGUCGGUAUUACUAACGUUUCUCCUGUAGCCAUAACGGAGAAAAUACAUUUUUCAUGUGUGCACUGGGGCCGCUUUCGACAUUUUAAUGGGAGGCGGCUUGCUUUGGAGGAUUGGACAUUGCGGGCGCCAGUUGCGAAGAAAGCGGAGGUCCUGGCUACCUGUCGGGCGCAGAUGGAGUCUCUGGCCGGCUACGUGUACAAGGCAGCCAGCGAGGGCCGAGUCCUGACCCUGGCCGCGCUGCUGCUCAACCACUCGGAGGCGGAGACCCAGUAUCUGCUGAGCUAUGUGACCCAGCUGGCCGGGCAGAGGUCCACUCCUCUGAUCAUCGCGGCCCGGAACGGACACGACAAAGUGGUCCGGCUGCUCCUGGACCACUACAGGGUGGACACCGAGCAGACCGGGACGGUUCGCUUUGACGGCUACGUCAUCGACGGGGCCACAGCGCUGUGGUGUGCAGCUGGAGCGGGGCACUUUGAGGUGGUGCGCCUGCUGGUGAGUCACCGUGCCAACGUUAACCACACCACGAUCACCAACUCCACCCCCUUGCGGGCCGCCUGCUUCGACGGGCGCCUGGACAUCGUCCGCUACCUGGUGGAACACAACGCCGACAUCAGCAUCACCAACAAGUACAACAACACCUGUCUGAUGAUCGCAGCCUAUAAGGGCCACACAGAUGUCGUGAAGUUCCUGCUGGAGCAGGGGGCGGAUCCCAACGCCAAGGCCCACUGUGGGGCCACUGCCCUGCACUUUGCAGCUGAGGCGGGCCAUCUGGAGAUUGUAAAAGAGCUGGUGCGCUGUCAGGCCGCCAUGGUGGUGAACGGACACGGCAUGACGCCGCUGAAGGUCGCUGCGGAGAGCUGCAAAGCAGACGUGGUGGAGCUGCUGCUGGCGCACGCCGACUGCGACCCGUGCAGCCGCAUCGAGGCCCUGGAGCUGCUGGGCGCCUCGUUCGCCAACGACCGGGAGAACUACGACAUCCAGAAGACGUACCACUACCUGCAGACGGCCAUGACGGAGCGCUACUGUGACCCAGAAAACGUCAUCGACAAGGAGCUGCUGCCGCCCAUCGAGGCCUACGGGGGGCGCUGUGAGUGCCGGACACCCCAAGAACUGGAUGCCAUCCGCGUGGACAGGGACGCUCUGCACAUGGAGGGGCUGAUGAUUCGGGAGCGCAUCCUGGGUUCAGACAAUAUCGACGUGUCGCACCCCAUCAUAUAUCGUGGCGCCGUCUACGCUGAUAACAUGGAGUUUGAACAGUGCAUCAAACUGUGGCUUCACGCGCUCCGUCUGCGGCAGAAAGGCAACCGGAACACGCACAAGGACCUGCUGCGCUUCGCCCAGGUCUUCUCCCAGAUGGUCCACCUGAAGGAGCAGGUUUUGGCCUCAGCCGUGGAGCAGGUGUUGAGCUGCAGCGUGGUGGAGAUUCAGCGAAGCAUGGCCCGAGUGGAGACGGCGGCUGAACCAGAGCUGCCGCAGGCCUUGGACAGUUACGAGUCAAACGUUUUUACCUUUCUGUACCUCGCCUGCAUUUCUACCAAGACGACCUGCGGCGACGAGGAGCGCGCCCGCAUCAACAAGCACAUCUACAACCUGAUCCAGCUGGACCCGCGGUCCCGUGAAGGCUCCUCUCUGCUCCACCUGGCCAUCAGCUCCACCACACCGGUCGACGACUUCCACACCAACGACGUCUGCAGCUUCCCCAGCGCGCAGGUCACCAAGCUGCUGCUGGACUGCGGCGCGCAGGUCAACGCCGUCGACCACGAAGGCAACACCCCGCUGCACGUCAUCGUCCAGUACAACCGGCCCAUCAGCGACUUCCUCACGCUGCACGCCAUCAUCAUCAACCUGGUGGAGGCCGGCGCCCACACGGACAUGACCAACAAGCAGAAGAAGACCCCUCUGGACAAGAGCACCACCGGCGUGUCGGAGAUCCUGCUGAAGACGCAGAUGAAGAUGAGCCUCAAGUGCCUGGCGGCGCGCGCCGUCCGGCAGCACCAGAUCACCUACCGCAACCAGAUCCCCAAAACGCUGGAGGAGUUCGUGGAGUUCCACUGAAACGGACCUGAGAGCUGAAGCAUCAACACGAACCAAUGACAGACAGACUUUGUUGUUUUUAAAGAAUUUCUUAUAAUUUUCUAACAAGUCCAAACGGUGCUGAGGAUGAUGGUCCAGUACUAAAGCUUUUAUAAAAGAACCUGGUCGGCUUUUUUCCUCGAGUAUUAAUUGCUAAAAACCAGACGGCAGUCCGUCGGCCUGUCUGCGUCUCCGGGGCCGCUUGGUCACCGCGAGACGUCCGAGGAAACUGCAGCAGGUUGGUGCAGAGAGAGGACGGCAGCGACGCCACGCCGCUGCUUCUUGUUUUGCCUUAUGUUCAUGGCCGUCACGCACGCCAUGUUACUGUGAUUCCACAGUCUGAGUGAAUGAGAGAGUGAGUGUCUGCAGAGAAGCAGCCGACCUCGAGCGUUCACCCCGCAGAUCAGCCGUCACACAUAUCGUUAUUUUUUAAUAUGAGAAAUAGUUUUCACUGGGUUUGAGGGUUGAGGAAGGACGGCAGAAUAAGGACACGUGAUCUGAUCUGGACAGAAUUUAUACUAACAAACAAUCGGGAUUUUCAGGAAGUUUAUUUUUAAAAGUUUGCUGGUAUUUGUUUUUCUCUCGGGCCGUUUCAGUGAAACUGCACUAUGUGGCGUAACGUAUGCAGACACUUGCUUCUGAUCUGGGGCUGAUUUUCCUGAUUCCUCCUCCUCAGUUGUAAUGAAGGGAAAUCUUAAAGCUCCAGCAUGAAAUGAUGCUUGAGAUGGCUGCUUCCAAACCUUUGUGUGACCUCUCUUCACAGGUUUUGAUAUGUCUGUGAUUCCAGACUGGAUAAUAAAAAAAAGAAGUGACUUUUCCCCCAAACUGUUUAUUUGACAGAGAAAUGGUGAAAGUAUCUUUAUAAUUAUGUAAAAUGUUUUUAAUUCUCUCCCAUCUUGUGACCCCUCAGAUUUAUUUAUUUAGCAGUUUUGGACGGUAGUGUUCUUCCGGCUUUGUCCCCUUUUCUGUUUUAAUAUGAAAGUCCACAAAGAGCUGUUCCUUUUUAUGGUUUAAGAAAAAAAGUCUUGAGUCAAACGCUGGUCAAAAUGUUGGGGAGGUGCGUGGAUUUCACACCACGGGGUGGAGCAGCACAUUGAUGUCUGUAGUGUCCACAUACUUUUGGCCAUGUAGUGUACUUUUCCUUGCGAUUGAAACUAUAAACCAAAUAUUUCCUGGACACGGUGCGGUCGUUUGAUUGACACCAUAGAUGCGCGUACGUGAGCUUUUAUUUUGAAAGGUGUAUCUGAGGAUGUGAGUACAGAAACUACGAAUGUUCUUCCAGACGGAAAUCCAUAUUUUAACUUGCAGUUCUUAUUUCUUUUUUUAAUAAACGGUCAAGUCCUGGAGGUGGAGGACGAGGUCACCAGGUUUACAUGUUUCCCACAGUGCUGCUGCAGCUUUAGCUUGGGUCACCAGGAAGAGGUUUAAAUGCUUCGCGUGUGUGACAGGAUUCAGUUUUAUUAGGUCCAUGUGAGGUCCUGUUCUGUUGCCAAAGGGUCUGACGCCGGAGUGGAUCUGAUCACAUGGUUUGUCUUCAUCAUUGCUGAAUUUUACUUUCUGCUGCUGGAGGUGAAAAUAGGACUUUAAAUUUGUUUCUGAAGCAUAAAGAUGUUUUGAAUGAUUUUGUUCGACCUCACUUUAUUGAUUAUUUAUUUAUUUGUCGGCAUGUCCAGCUGCUGCCAGUGUCCUGUUGGUGGUGUUUUGGACCGGGUCCGACUGUCCUCGCCUCCCUUCAGGUUCUCUUUACUCUCCCGUCCAGUUCUGCUCUGUUUUCCGUGGGUCCGUUUCAGAUGGUGUUUACUUCUAAACGCUGCAGCAUUGUAGAGAAAGUAACUUUCCUUUCUGCUAUUAUCAUCAUAAUUCUUAUCAUGAUUUGAGUCACAGAGCGAAUCAUCUGUAUUUCCACAGUAUGAACAACCAGUGAUCUUUGUGAAAACCCAGAGAGAGAAAUGUAUUUUGUUCUCUGCACAAUAAAAAAAGAUUUUUGACUCAUUUCUCAAAUCUCGUCUCCGUAUGCAAACGAAGAUGGCAGCAGGAAAUGAGAGAUGUACAGCGUGAAGCUUAGUGAGUGUAAUAAGGAAUGACAACAUAGUUAAACAGAUCAAAUAUAUCUUCAUAGAAGUUACUGUAGAUUAAUAAAAUAUCUUCAUAUCUGAUUUCAACUGCAAACGUUUAAAUAUAAUGCUGAUAAAUGGAGGUCUCAAGGAAAGCAUUAUUUGUCUGUGUAACAUUGUUUUCUUUUAUAUUUUCAUACAAAAUAACAUCAUAUGACACAAGAACGAAGAUACGUUGCAUCCAUGGAUAGGAAAUAUAGAUGCAAAAAGUUUCUUCUGGUCUUUUAUUGUGCAGCAGACUGAAGAGUCUUUGAGGACAACAACAGGAAGUGUUGUUUAACAGCCCUCUGGGGUUUUCACACACGGACAGGUAGUUAUAUUUAACAACAGGAUUACAUGAGAAGCACAAGGAGAACUGGGGGGGGGGGGGGGUGGUUAUCAAACAUCACCAGUUGUUCUUUGCUCUUUUUUUUCCAAACAACAAAAUGUAAAAGACCCCGGGAAAACAGCAGGACGUCAGUCGAGUCCUUGUUGGGGAUUAUAAGUUUGUCUGGCAGUCUGCGUUUAGUUUGAAAAGUGAGCUUCUGUUGUGUGGAAAAAAAAAAACCUUGUUAAUUCCCGAGUCUUCAUGUUUGAGUCUGAAGGAUUAGGAGCUCCUCUGAGGGCUGAUUAAUCUUUACCAGCCGCCGAUCGCACAUGAAACCCGCCGCAGUCGAGCUGAAAAACAAAGCCGUUUGCUCCGUCUUUCCUUUCUGUACAUGUGGAAACCUGCGGGGAGGAAAAGUGCUUCUUCACCAAACAGACUCUCUGGUCGCAGGAGUGUUUCACCCAGUGCAUCAGCUGACUUCUCAGUUCAUCUUUCACGCCAGAGUCUAGUGAACCGUCACACCAGGCGGUUCAUGUGUGUUCGGGCUCAUCGCAGUCUGACUACGCAGCACUUCUUUCCUCCCAGCAGCAGGUGUUUCCCGCUAGUGCUUACACGAUUAAUCGAUUAGUCAAUAAGAUGGAAAUCUCUGACCGCAGUGUUGACAGUUGAUUAAAGAAUAGUUUGAGAUUUUGGAAAAUUCCCAUAUUUGCUGCCUGACGGAGAGUUCGAUGUUCAGAUUGAUGCCACUGAUGAAGAAAUGGCCAGCCAGAUAGCAUGUUAAUGUUUUUAUAUUCGUGUCGUGCCCUUGUUUCCAGGCUUUAUGCUAAGCUAAGCUAACCAGCUGCUGUGGCAUCCAUCUGAGCCUGAACUCUCAGAGACCUUUAAUUGUUUUUAAGUCAUCUGUCAGUUAAGACUGUCUCUUAUUAUCGAGUUAUCUGGAGAUUAUUUAGUUUAGAUAACUGAUUUUUAGUCUACAAAAUGUCAGGAGAUAUUAAAAAAUGUCCCUCACAGCUUCAUGUUGCAGGUUUUUCCUUCAACCAACCAACUAAAAUCCAAAAAUAAAACAGAAAAGCUGCAGAAAGUCACAUUUGAGAAGCUGGAACGAGAGAAAGUCCGUUUUGUUUCUUGAUGAACGAUCUGAACUAAUCCAUUCAUAACAUAAUCGGUUCCAGCUUCUCCAGUGUGAGGAUUUGCUUCUUUUCUCUGUUGUAAACUGAAUAUUUAUUGAUUUAUUUAGCAGCUUGUUGGACAAAUAAAGACGCCACUCUGGACUGUUCGCUCUUUUUGUACAUUUUAUAGACUAAAAAAUGGUUAAGCACCAAAGCGCACCUCUGCUCUCCACAUCCACAGAUUGUUUUCACUGCAGCAGCUCGGCCACAGAGGAUGAGUGAGUGAUUAGACUGAAGAUACAGCUCCAUCAACCCGCAGUUAUCACCACCAUUUCACAUGAGUCACUCAGUCUUGGAAAAAUAAAACUUCUUCCGAUAAACUUUGUCAGCUGCUGCAGUGACAAAAACACACUUUGUUCCCCCUCCAUUUAUUCCUCGUGUUUUGAAGCCGCAGGAUGUCUGAGUCCUGAGUCUGCAAAGCCAGACUGACCUGUGAGCUCAGCUUUCAAUAUAAGAUUCACUUCUGGAAAACAAAGCACACAAAGGGCCGCUCUGCAGGGACAGAGUGACUCCAAGAACUUUCUAACUUUGCCAACACAUAUUGAAGCCGCAAAGCGAAUCGUGAUGCUGCUGCUGUGCGGCUCAUUUCUCACCUCACUUUUCUUUCGAGGCUGGUUUUACUGGUGUUGUGAUCGUUUACUUUUUCAGGUGGAGGGACAGUUGAAAUGAAGUUGUGUGCUGGCGUUGCCCUUCUUAGUUUUUGUCAUCAGGGUUUGAUUUUCUGAAACAAAAAGCAGCAUGUGAACGCAGCAUCUGUCCUUCUAAUCAAUAACUAUCUGUCCAGCGUGCAGCAGAGCUGUGUGUUUAUGGCCGUGUGUCCAAGCCAUGCGGUCCUGUAUUACAGAGGGGAUUUCUGCCUGGAGCUUUUCGGGGUUUAACGUGAUGAUAAUGUGUCAUUGGGGACGAACUCACAAAGGGAUUGUGUGGCUUUUGUGGCCCAUAAACCUGCACAAAUAAAACAAACUGAAACGUUAUUGCAAAGGGUGAAAUGUUGGUUACUAACAAAGCUAACAGCUCCAGUGUUUAAAUUUGGUCAUAUGCACACGUUGGCCCUUUUCAGUGCAAACAAGUCCAGUUCACAAACAGCAGCAGCGUGUUCACGGAGUUGUUAGAAACUGGAGCGCAUUUCUAACUGCCAGGCUUUCCAGUGAUCGUGGCAGCGGCGAUUAAAGCCAGGUGAAGCAAUCGUAGAACAUCAUGUGGGCACAGUUGGAGGGAAUCAAAGUGGAAAACAACAUGAAACCUCCCGCUGUUCCAGUCCAGCAGAGAGCAGAGGAGAGAAAACAGCUCUCCGUGCGCCCUGACGCAUGAGGGGGAGCGCACAGUUACAGCACCGCAAAUAACCAUCACUCCCACACAGUCACAUCCUGCAGGUGGAAACGAAUGAAAGAGCGGGGGAGUAAAUAGAUCAUCAGAGUAGUUUUCAUUGGCAUACAAACAUGUUGAGAUGCGACGAUGAACGUUUUGUUCUUGCAGCCGCAUUCAUGAAAUGUUACUGGGACCGCUGCAGAUAUUAUUAUGGCCGUGUUUGCUGUUGUGAAUUGGACCUUGAGACGCGACAGAUAAAGGUUGUAAGUGAUGCGCAAUUCAUGGUGCUAACAUUCUUUGUGAAGUCGCCCCUCAGUGUGCUGAUUGCGCUUUUUAACUCAGAGUUUUUAUUUAACACCGCAGGAGCACGUUUAUGUCCUGACGGCAGCUUUUCUGUGGCUGAAACGAAGCCAAAGAUUCUUUUCAUGUGUUGGCACGAUGUCAGCUGUGGUGUUCUACUUCAUGCAAAGUGAAAUUAAAGUCAAAUUAAAGGUCUCCUGUUUGCAUCCA